GAAAUAUAUUAAUUUUGGUUGCUUUACUAUUUGUCAGUUGCGCUAAGUUUUCAAAAUUUUGCAAUUUAUAAAAUUCUAAGCAAAUACAACACAAGUGAACAUUUUUGAAGUGAUUGGCAAAAUAUAAUUCGCUUUCUGUUGCCUCACCAAUAACCGUAACUUUUUUACAUCAAUAUAAUGACAAUGCCCAUACAUUACAAAGAUCACAAAAGCUAUAAAAAACAAGCGAUAAAAAAGUGUUGAAGAUAAAAAAAAGUGUAAACAAAAAGUGGAGUAACUUUAUGUAGUCGGCUUGCCAUAUUUAAUUCUUACCCAGUUUGGGAAGCAGUCAAUUAGUAGAAAAAUCAUAAUAUUCUUUAAUUGCUGUUAUCAGAUUGAUCUGCUUCGAAAAACGUUCCUUUCGAAAAUUACUUCGGCAAUUUUGGCGCGGAUGCUGUGGUUGUCUUUUUUAAUUUGAUUAACACACCUACAAGAAAAACUAACUAAUCAAUUUUCAAACCUUAUUUAAACAAUAAGUGAACUUACACAUAAGCUAAACACCGUUUUGGCAAAUAUUUUCACUUUUUCAUUAUAUUGAAGAAAUGUCGCAAGGAACAACUAUUGAUCAGUCCGGAGAUCACCAUGUGCACUUUGAUACGGCUAGCCUUAAAGAUGAUUUCGACUCGGAUAGUUGCGUAACGUAUCAACGUUCAAGCGAUACAAUUGUCGUCAGUUUGGGUUUUCUGCAAAUCAAUCAUAGAUAUUCGAUCGACUUAAAACUACCUUGCAAUCUAUUUGGCAACAUUGGUACAUCGCCGAAUCAAUUCCAGCCCGAUAUAACAACAGUUCCUAAUUUGCAUUGCCGCAUUAAAGAAUUUUCUGGUCUUAAGCAUGAUGAGCAUGAUUUUUAUGAGAUGAAAAUUGAAUUCUUCGCUUACAAAGAGAAAUUAUUGCGCGAAACUUUGCAUAUUGUUAAUUCUAAUAAUUCCAAAGAAGUUCUAAAGCUUAUUAUAGCUGCUCGAGUGCUUGGUAAAGGCAAAGGCACACCUAUGUUGCGAAACGGUAUACAUUGCAUUGGUGUAGAAAGAGACGAGGAGUCGGAAGCCUCAGAUUAUCCUGGAUUCCGCAAAGAUACCUAAACUCAUAGAAGAUCAAUAGUAUUUUCCUUUUUAAUUCUCUCAUUCAUAUGCUUAUUGAUAAGAAAACUGUAAAUCCAGUUUGUUGUAUUAGUUUACCAAAAAAAUUUCCUAAAUAUCAUCAUAUAUAUAUAUAUAUUGUCGAUAUACUAUUAUAUAUCUAU